UUGUGGUUCGUUGUUUAUAGAUAGAUGGUGCCCAGAAUCACCAGAUUAAAAAGUAACAAUUGAAUCGACCUAAUCCAAAAUGGAAUGAAAUAAGCACGUGGAAUACAAGCAAACAACAAGCAGACAGCAGAAACAGCGCGGUACCGUCUGAACCCCAAUUAUCUUGAACUCUAGCAAAAACUAAACCAGAACGGAUAUUGAAAACUAAAUUUACACAUCGUGCUGAAUACGUAUAUAUGUGGUGAUGCAAUAUAUGUACGAGCAUUUGCAUCAAGCACGCGAUUAGUGGCAAAGCUACAGAGUAAGAGAGAGAAUAUGCCUACCUUUCCGAGGGAAAAAAGGAACAUGUAUCUUAUCAUUAUAUGAUUUCUAUUAUAGUCAGCAUCUAAUGCAACGAGACGAGAGGUCCAAACGAUGGACGAAGGCCGUGGUUGCCGUGACAGGUUUAGAAUCCGAACGCAUUUCCAUUUCGUCAUGUAUCUAUGGUAUGGGUGUUAAAAAUUUGUUCAAAGUUUGGUUUUUAAGGAGAUCUGCUUUCUUUCACUUGCACUAUCCUUCGUCGAGUCAUCUUUACCCCGAGCAAACAGCGAAUAUUCACAACGGUGCGGGAAAAUGGGACAAUGUUUAUCAGUGCAACGCAGUGACGGUGUUUUAAUAGAAGUGCGUUCUGAAGAAAAAAAAAACGGGCUAAUGCCUGCUAGCCUGCUAGACCGUCUUGAAUGCGCUUGAACCUCAAACAGGUUAACGGUGUCCGCGAAUCUCCUGCUACUCAGCACACGCGCACCAUUUAAGCAGGCGAAUGGCAAACGGUUAGUAGCGCACGAGAAUGACUGAAUGGCCGUUCGAUCGAGAUGCUCGUGUUAAGCUUCUGAAUUGGGAAGAGGAACAUUUACAACAGUAGGCCGAGAAAAGAAAAGAAGGAAACAACGAGCCAAACAGGGCCACCGCGCCCAUAUCCGCGCGAUGUUUUGGUAUGUUGUGGCGAGAUUGUGAUUGUAUACAAAAACGCGUAAUUUUAUAAUUAUACGAUAGCGAAAGUCUGCUGUAUGUGCAGCUCGGGUUGGGCCGGUUGGCAGCGGUAGCAUCUUAGUAUAAGAAGGCUUAAUUCCCGAGCGAUUCGAAAUGUGAUGCCAGAAGAACAACAAACAAAACAAAAAACGUAACACAGAAAACCACAUAGCUUCACCCAAAACACACACCCACACGCCACACGAGUGCGUAUACCCAAGAGCCCCCGAACAGACGCAGACGAUGGCCAAGCCAGGCCAGGCCACCACGCCCUCAAGACGCCAAAGCUGGUUCGUGGUCGCGACCGGUUGCAUUUAUAUCAGGUAACGAUAAUGCCACUAAUAAUGUAGUGUGCUUGCCUGAGUAUCAAAAGAGUGGCAAGGAGGGGGCCCUGUUACGUACCGCUCGUACGUUGUGUGGAAUUUCUAUGUGCUCCUAAUGGCCAGCAGUGCGUUUUACACUUUCCCCUUGUAUGAUCGUGUCCCCAGAAGUGUGUGCGCGUGUGUAUAAAAUAAUAAAAAAAAAACAUGCCAUUUCAUUUUGUGUGUCAUGUAGUGUACAUCCCCGAAUAAGUAUCAUUAAGUCAUCAUCAUUACGCUCCGACGGCAGCCAGCGGCUCUGAGUUGCGUUAAAAAAUGAAAGAUCAAGAGAUUGAACAAAAUACAGCAAACCUUUAAGUAUGAUGUA